AUGAUAUCAUUAGGUUGGUCUUUCUCUCCAUUUCUCUCUAGACAGUUAUCUGAGUUUCUUUCUUCUUUAGUUUUCUUUAAAGAAGUUCUUUUAAUUUUUUGGUUCGUAGAAAAAUACAUUCCUCAUAGGCUAAGUGGAGCAACGUUGGUGGUUCCGUUAGUGAAUUUUUGGUGGAGCCGUGUGCCUCGAAACUUAUUGAAUGCCGCGAUGAAGAAAUUGCCAACUGGAUUUCAGUUGACACUUGGAGUCGCACACUACUGUCCAUGGUUGUUAUAUUGGUGGAUGACUCAGAAAUGGUUCCCAAAUAGUCGGAAUCCCAAAGACACUAUGACCAAGCGAGAUUUAGAACUCGCAGAAAUACAUAAAACACAUUCCUAUAAGGAAUCUGCAAUACGGCAAGGUGAAUUUGUGAGCACACAACGAGACAUCAUCGCGGCUUACGGGAAAUGGGAAUUCGAUCCAACGGAAUUGAGCAACCCGUUUUCGGACAGUAACAACAAAGGGUCGUUUCAUAUGUGGUGUGCACUCGAAGACAAACAAAUUUUGCGAGAUGUUUUAGUCUAUAUAUGCGAUAAACUGCCAUGGAUAAAACUCCAUGAGGUCCCUGAUGGUGGACAUUUCAUCAUCUAUGAGAAGCAGCAUUUCGAAGCCAUUAUCAAAGCCGCUUGUAGUAAUUAAUGAACAAAAAAAAAAAAAAAGACUUGUGUUUCGAAUAAAUUUGAUAAAAUUAUGGGCAUGUAUGGUUUAACCGUUUAAGUGGUAUGUAUAUGGAUUUUGAUUUGUGGUUAAGCCGCUAAGU